AUGCUGUGGUCCGAUAGCGAAAUCGUUUUGGCAUGGUUGAAGAAGCAGCUUAGUCGGCUCGAUGUCUUUGUCCGAAAUCGAGUUAUUGAAAUUCAACAACUCACCGAUGGUCUGCAGUGGAACUAUAUUCGAUCAGCCGCUAAUCCAGCCGACAUUAUUUCGCGUGGUCAACUACCGGCAGCACUUUUAUCGAGUGGGAUGUGGUGGAAUGGACCUCAAUUUCUCAACGACCCAGUGUUCACCAUUGAGAUACCACAUGACAUUCCUGACGACGAGAUUCCUGAGUUGAAACCAGAAAUCGUGGUGACAACUGCAUUGAUCGAGGAACAGCUACCGGUGUUUGUCAAGUACAGUUCGUUCCGGAAACUACAGAGAGUUAUCGCAUGGGCCUAUCGUUUCAUCAACAACGCUCGUAAAACGAAGACCGACCGUAUUAUCCGUAGCAGGUUGACGAUUUCUGAGCUCCGCGAUUCUCUCGUGAUUAUUGUGCGAGUAAUUCAGCAUGUCGAACUUGGUGACGAAAUCAAGCGAAUACAAUCGAAUAUUCCUUGCAAACAUAUUAACGCAAUGAAUCUGAUCUACACUGAUAAUCUUCUACGAGUCGGCGGACGACUGAUGAAUUCUCAAAUACCAGAAGCAGCAAAACAUCAACUUAAUCUUCCGAGUACGAGUCCGGUGACAAGGCUUUUAAUACGGACAAUGCACAUCGAGCUACUUCACCUAGGACCUUCAGCACUAAUUUCUAUGUUACAACAAAAGAUUUGGUUGCGCAAGGCACGUUCGACCGUACGAGGAGUCAUCAGAUCAUGCGUCAAAUGUUUUCGAGUAAAACCAUCCGAUAUUUCCCAAUUGAUGGGACUUACCGAAACAACGAGUUACGCCAUGCUCUCCGGUCAGCAUCACUGGCGUCGAUUACGCUGGUCCCAUAAUGGUGAAGCAGGGAUCCUACCGUCCGAAGAUUGUGAAGUCGUACAUUGCGGUAUUCGUCUGUAUGUCGACGAAGGCCGUCCAUUUGGAAUUGGUGUCGGAUUUGACUACCGACGCAUUUAUUGCCGCACUUCAACGUUUAGUCAGCCACCGAGGAAUGGUAUCGGAAUUACAUUCCGAUAA